CGUCUGGAGAUUAUCGCGUUCUCAACGUAGCUCUGCAACGCCCAAGGUUGGUCCAUACACUCCGAAGUCGAUGCCGCCCAAGCGGCUCCAUAAAGGAGCUACGGGGAAUGCGUGUACAAAGAGGAUCUUGUUACCCAUGUCGCACAUUGCUGGUGGGGAUAGUGUAGAACCUCUUCAUUUUUUUGCCAAAGCUUGACAGUUCAAGUAUUUUGUCCACAACGUUGUAGAAGCAAGCAUAACAAACCUAGAAAAUGCCUUCUAAACAGCAUGGGCGUCAGUAUGACGUCGUCAUAUUCGGCGCUACCGGAUACACCGGCCUCAUGACAGCUGAGCAUAUUGCUGCUCACUUCCCAACAGAUCUCAGGUGGGCUGUUGCAGGUCGUUCUUCCGAGAAACUGCGGAAUGUCGUUGCGGAAUGCAAGGCACUAAAUGCGGACAGAAUCCAGCCAGAGGUUGAGGUUUGCAACCUCGAUGAUGCCGACCUUCUGGAACUCGCAAAGAAGACAUUUGUUCUCAUCACCACUGUUGGUCCAUAUGCUCAGUAUGGCGAACAUGCAUUUAAGGCUUGCGCCGAGGCCGGCACGCACUAUGUCGACUGUACGGGCGAAGCUCCUUGGACCCUGCAGAUGAUCAGGAAGUACGAAGCAAAGGCCAAAGAAACGGGUGCCAUCUUGCUGCCUCAGAGUGGAAUCGAGUCUGGGCCUUCCGACCUGCUCACCUGGGCAAUGGCUCAACUUAUCCAGUCGAAGUUGUCCGCUCAGACCGCUGACGUUGUCGUUGAAGUUCAUGAGCUCCACUCUGCUCCCUCCGGCGGUACUCUCGCAACCGUGUUCGGGCUUUUUGAUAAAUUCACUAUCAAAGAAAUAGCCGACGCGCACGAGCCCUAUGCUCUUUCACCAGUGUCCAACCCACACAACGCGCCAAGGGCUUCCUUGUUCUCCAAACUCACAGGGCUCUACGAUAUUCCCAAUCUCGGCUUAUUACACACUUCUAUAACUGCCGGAACCAAUGCUGCUGUCGUUCAACGUACUUGGGGUGUAUUCAAGCAGGACCCUGCCCGGCAAAAGCAGUUCUACGGACCGAAUUUUACUUAUCGCGAAUUCAUGAAGGCUCGAAACUUUGUCAUCGGCAUAGCCAUGCACUACGGUCUAAUGAUCGGGGGUGCGCUGCUCAUGUUCGUCCCGCCUUUCCGGAACCUUGUGCGUAGAUUUGUCUUCCAGCCUGGACAGGGCCCGAGCAAGGAAGACAGUGCCAAAGAGUACAUCGAGUUUAGAGGUGUGGCCAAGCCCGACCUCGAGGAGAGCAAGAAGCUGGCUUUUGUGAAGGCAUGGUACUCUGGGUCGAUGUAUUAUUUGACUGCCGUAUUGCUUGCUCAAGCGGCCGGGACGCUACUGCAGGAAGAGGUUGGCCUGCAUGGAGGAGUCUACACUCCGGCGUCUUUAGGUCAAGGGUAUAUUGACCGAUUGAACGAGCAUGGUUUCAAGAUCGAGACCAAGCUCAUAGACGCAUAGAUGUUAGCUCACCAUGCGUUCAGUCCGUAGCUCAUCUAUUUGAUAACUAAAUCAAAUAAGAAGUACAGGGUUCCAAGCUGUGUGUGGCCAGCUUGCCCUCAACCUACUUAUAACAUGUCGAUGAAGAAAUUGGCAGUUUAAGACAGAAAGAACUAGGAGACGAAGAAACCGCCGAGGUAGCUGACGAUGUUUUUGUGAACUGCC